GAUAGCGCUGUUGAACAAACUGCGGGAAAUAAAAGAGUAACGAGUAAAAAGUACUCUAUGAAGUUGUGUCUGAAAACUAAAUGAUUUCUUCAAGAAGUUUGCAGUGUCUCAUAAAUUUCGUGGAACCAACUCAUAACCAGCUUCUCAGGCUAACACGGCACUGCCGUAAAGCGUGAAGCUGUCGUUGCUAUUGGAGACGAGACGGAAAGCAGGAAGUGGCAAGAGUCACAACAGCUCAGGGUAGUUUUUGGAGCUUGGAAGAGAUUUAUGUUCGCUGAACGGGGCAAUAUUUCACUAAAAGGACAUCUAAAACUACACAGCACUGCCUGACGGAAGACUUAAAUACAUGUUGAAGCUCUGAGCUCGGUCACAGCACAUAUCAUGAGUCGCAGCAGGAAUCCUCCACAAAAAGGCCAAGGAGCCGCCCGAGCCAAACAGAUGGGUUUGCUCUUGGAUCUGUCUCCGGACGCUGCAAUGGAGGACUCUGGUGGAAAUGAUGAGGCUUUAGAGGCGGAGCUGCUUGCUCUGAUUGGAGGAGGAGGAGGUGGCAGGGGCAAGCAGCCUGGAAAGAAUGAUGGUGGGAAAGCUCCUGUCCCCAUGGAGGACAUUGAGCGCAUGGCCGCCCUGUGCAUGAAGGACCUGGAUGAGGAAGGAGAGGAUGAUGAAGGCCUGGAGGACGAUGCAGAACUCCUGGCUGAACUGAACGAUGUUCUGGAGGAUGAUCAAGAGGAACCGGCUCCUCCUGCACCAACCCCGCCUCAGCGCUCUAAUGCAACCCCCAAAUCCACCGCCACUACCCCGAGUGGCGCAGGCGGAAUGGAGUCCCUUCUACAGGAGCGUAUUAGCAUGUACCAGGCGGCCAUCACUAACGCCAAAGCUUCAGGAGAGGGCAGCAAGGCUCGCAGAUAUGAGCGCGGACUAAAGACUCUACAGUCCAUGUUGGCAUCUGUGAAAAAGGGAAAACCCAUUAACGAGGAGGAGAUCCCACCCCCAGUAGCUACCGGAGCUAAACCCACCACCGCACAGCAAGAACCGGUCAGAGAACAGGAACAGCCUGCUCCACCACCAAGGACCAAUGAGAAGCCACUGCAGGAGGCGAAGACUGUAACCCCACCCAAACCUCAGCUCCUGCAGCCGCCCAAUCAGAAAACUCCUGCUGUGACGCCAGAUACACCAGCUAUUUCACCCUUAACUCCUGUCCAGCCCAACACCCAGCAUUCAGAGCUGAAGGCCAGUGUGUUGAGCAGACAGAGGGAAUAUAAACUGGCUGCUAUUCAGGCUAAACAGAGUGGAAACACAGACCUGGCCAGGCAACACCUUGUCAUCGCCAAGAAGUUGGAUUCUGUGGUAGAGGCGAUUGACCGAGGAGAGCAUAUGGAUGCCAGCUCACUGCCGCCCCCUCCUGGAGAUGUUGCAGUUGAGCGUUCUGCUCCACCUCCUCAAUCUGCACCUGCCAAACCCACCCCUGCUCCUCCACCCGCUGAAGCUCCCCUUCCUGCUCCCCGUAACCUGGCCGAGGCCCUGCAGCAGCGCAUGGACAAAUACAAAAGCGCAGCUGAGAGCGCCAAGAGCAAAGGAGAUGACCGGAAAGCUCGCAUGCACGAGCGCAUUGCUAAGCAAUAUCAAGAUGCCAUUAAGGCACACAAAGCAGGACGACCCGUCAAUCUAGCAGAGCUACCAGUACCACCAGGUUGUCCUCCUCUACAAGGUGCAGAAAGCACCGAGCAAAACUUCCUGGGUGUCCUGGAAACGGCUGUGAAACUAGCCAAUCGGGAUGCAGACGCAGGGGAGGAUGAUGAUGAAGCCGAGGAUGAAGUGGCAAAGCCAGCGGUGCGUCCUGCUGCUCAGAAAGCUCGAGCUCCUGCCCCCUCACACUCCUCAUCCCCUGCAGUGACCCCCACAGCCUCCACAGACACCUCCAAACUGGGAAAUAAAGCUCAGCAGCAGCUGGACUUCCUCCUCCGUCGCAGGCAGCAGUUUGUUAAAGCGGCCCUGCGCUCCAAGCAGAUGAAGGACGUCCAGGGAGCAGCGCAGCAUCUGCGCAAUGCCAAGGGACUCGACCCCAUGAUCACUGCAGCUAAAGGAGGCCUGCCCGUGGAUAUCAGCAAGGUGCCCAGUGCCCCAGUGUGUGAGGAAGACUACACUCUCUCUCAGACUCGUUCUUCCCGCUCAACCCAGCAGUACACUCAGCUCAUGGAGCGCCUCAGGCAACAGCACGAGAAAUGCCUGAGCUACACGCAGCAGUUCACUCAAAUGGGCAACAUGGCCGAGACCAUAAGAUUUGAGAAGCUGGCAGAGGAGUGUAUGAGUAAUAUUGAACUGUUGAAGAAAGCUCAUGCAAAAGGCUAUCCUGUUCCAGGCCACCACACAGAGGAGCGCACCAUCAACACCGUCAAGAUUUUUCCUAAUUUCACUGCCAGUGAGAUGGAGCUGACAAUCAUAAGAGGAAUCAACCUGCCCACUCCAGGAUUUUCAGCCAGUGAUCUGGACGCUAGCGUGCGCUUUGAGUUUCCCUUCCCGAGCUCGGAAGAAGCUCAGAGAGACAAAACCAACACUGUGAGAAGCACCAACUGCCCAGAGUUCAAAGCGUACUUUAAGUUGCUCAUCAACCGAACACACCGAGGCUUUAAGAGAGUGGUGCAGACUAAAGGCAUCAGGUUCGAGGUCAUCCACAAAGGUGGCCUCUUCAAGAACGAUAAGGUGGUGGGAAAUGCUCAGCUGAAACUCGAAGCACUGGAGAAUCAGUGUGAGAUCAGAGAGAUUAUAGAUGUGCUGGAUGGCAGGAAGGCGACAGGAGGGAAGCUGGAGGUGAGGGUGAGGAUUCGGGAGCCGCUGGGUGGGGCCCAGCUCCAGUCCGUCACAGAGAAAUGGAUCGUAGUGGAUCCACCGGCCAUCACCCCCGACAGAGAGAGAGCCAGAGAGCGGGCACCUUCACCAAAAUCCAAACCCCGCAACGAUCAAGGCAAGAGCGGCCAUUCAAGGCUCUCACCUCCUCAAUACAAACUCCACAGCUUCAGCCUCCUCAACUAUGACAAGGAAAGACUAGAGAGAAAGAUCGGUGAUUAUAAGAAAAACAGACGGGAUCCACCGCCGGAUCUGCUGAACCAGCAUAAAGAGAUCUGCCACCGACUACAGUGGCAAAAAUCCUACCUGGAGAGGGGCUCUUCAUCUGUGUUAGCAGAGUAUGAUAGUGUAUUAAGUAAGUUCGCUCAUGGUCUGGCUGAUUCUGUGAAGAGGUUUUCCAGUGAAGGCAACAGAGACGCAGCUAAAGAUGCUCUGGGAAGGCUUAAGAUGGUGGAGACCGAGAUGGAGUCUCUGAGGAAGAAGCGUCCUGCGUGAACAUGUACAGGAGGUGGAACGUCGAUGUGCGUUGGAAAACUGUUCUCACACGCAGAAGCAGUCACUAACACACACGUCUUCUCUUCCAGAAACAUCACACACUUCUCUGUUACUUCUCUCCUCUCGCUGUAGCGUCUUAAACAAACACUCCUGAUAUUUUAGUCCAGACUCACCUGAGAUCAACUGGACUACUUUACUGAAAAAAAAAAACAUUUUUCACUCGGGCUAUAUGGAUGGCCAACGAGGCCAUAAGUUAUUAUUUUUGUUUUUCUUUUCUGGAGUUAAGACACACACACACACCGCAGUUCAGAUGUGUAACCCUGUGUGUGUGUGGGAGUGGAAGCUGAACGUAACUUAAGCUAAGAUUAAAUGUAACCGUUCUUACCUUUUAUGCAAAUUAGUUCUGCAGCACAUCCAAUCCAUAAGCUCCGAAACUUCAAAACAGCAGUACAGUCUCUGCCUACAAAUACUUCUCAUUUGCUAGCGAGAGGGCGUUACAGGCCGCUAAGUGAACGGAAAACGUCGCCAGUAAAACGUGACCUGUGUGGGCGUGUGUAAGAACAGGAUGACGACGACAGCGUCGUAUUAAUGAAGCACUAAUUAUUAUUGUUUCGAAUGUUUUCGAGUCACGUGACUCAGGGCUUUUUUUUUUUUUUAUAACAGAGCAGUUUCGCCUUAAAUGAAAUGUGCACACUACUAGACGUGUUUACUUAUUCACUACUAAGCUAAUUUAGCUAACAAGGGAGGAAAGCUUUUUUUUUUUAAUUCACUUCAGAUUUCCAGCUGUCAAAAAUUUAGGCCACACCUCCUUCCUCAGUCUGGUGCUGCUCUGGCUUUAAGACAGGCCGAUGUUUUUAUCUCUGUGCUUUUAUUUUGUCUAUAUUGAUAAGUGUGUGGUCACUUUGGUCCGUUGACCUUGUCGGCAUUAAAGGGGUCACUGUGUACAUUUUCGUUUUCGGCCAAACUGCUCCUUUAGCGAUCAUUUGCACAUUUGAUGAGGCGUGCAGCAGUACAGCAGCUUUUCUGUAUUCUCUCCAUCUGCCAUCCGUCUCCAUGCUCCAUGUGCCUUUGUGUGUGUGUGUGUGUGUGUGUGAGAAUGGUGUAAAUCCUUAUAGAGAGCAUAUGAAGAGUAAUCUGGUCUCUGCACUGGAUUCUGCUUAAUCCUUCCUGUGUGCAGCUCAGCAUGCUGUGAUACGGGGGAUAAUGUUAACACUCCGCCGGUGAAGGUUAAGGAGAUGGGAAUAGAGGGUUGUGUAUGUAUAUAGAGGAAAAGGGGAGGGGCCAGGAUCACAGCCCAUAAUCGGGGAUUAGCCCUCGUCUGGUCGCCCAGGUGACCUUUGAUCUCCAGUGGAGAGAAAAAAAAACGAACAAACUGACUGUGGGACGUUUCAUAACCAGCGUUCGGAUCAAAUGACUAAAGUCCAGAGGAGCCACGCAAUAUUAUUAUUAUUAGUACUGGUAAUAAUUAUUCUCAUUUUUCCAUCAUUACAAUAAACUACACAGAACCCACGCUAGCUACCUAGUGCUACACUCUACAGCUUCAGCUCUCUCUCUCUCUCUCUCUCUCUCUCUCUUUUCCUUCUCUCUCGCUCUCUCUCACACAGAACCUAUGCUAGCUACCAAGCGCUACACUCUAGAGCUUCAGCAGCCUACUUUCAACCUUCACCCAAACAAACAAGGCUCUGGAUUUGUGAACCUAACUGAAGCCAUAUCAGGUUCCAGCUCCUGGUUUAUGUUCUCUUCUGCCUCUCAGCACACCUGAGCCAGGUGAUCAGGUGCAGAUUGUGGUCUUUGGGGACUACAUAAAGGAAAAAUUGAGGGCCGUGUCCCAAACGCCAGCAUUCGCGUUCGUUCUGAACUGAAAAGGAAACAAAAUAUUUGGAAAAGUGAUUCGUUUUGCUACAACCAUCACAGCGUUGCACUCUUGAAGCUGACUAGUUGAUAACACUAGUAGCUUGUUAUCACAGAGGAGAGCUCCAUAAUUAGCUAAACCCUGACAGAACACACCAAUUCGAAGUAUAUGCAAACAAUAUUGUAGCUACCGUGCCACUUCCUUUUACUAUACAAGGCUAAUACGUCUUACUGCUGUUUCUCAGUGUUAAACUGUGUAGUGUGGAGUAGACCGCUGCUGAAACCAGACCUGUCGAAAACCAGUCAUGUGACUAUGCUGGAGCGGGGAUUUUCUGUGCAGUCCGUCGUUUGGAGAACAUGGACGAGAUUUAAUGCGUCUCUUUGCAAGUGAACUUCACUCGUUCUACUUCCUUUCCAAUUCAGCUAGUUACCGGGAGCUUCAUGAGCUGAACCUAUGGCGUCUGAGACGCGAGUUUGACCCUUCUAAUGUAGCUCAUUUCCUGUCUCACACCAAAACUGCGCUUCUUUUCAUAUUAUAGUGAAUCUGUAGCUUAAUAAAUCUUCAGAUUUUACCUUUCAGUGUUACCGGUUUACCUGAGUUUUUGAGUUUUGCAUGUUAGCCCUGCCUCCUUGUGGUUUUCUGGACUCAACACUGGUCCUGAUAAUAAUAACUGGCAAAAACACUGAUUCGUAAAAGUUUUGUUAGAAAUCUGUGGUAAUUUUAUCACUUUGGUUCGGCAGGAAAUGAGCCGCAUUAAAGUGUCACAUGCGGUGGAAGUCCCUGUUGGUGCAGGUAGCAUGAUCAUCCUAUCAGGAAAGUGUUCGUCGGUGGUUGUCUGGGUUCCACCAGGACAAUCCCAAAUUUCUUUCCUCCUCCUCCUCACACUCACUACAAGCCUCGGCACACGUCCUGCCGAUACGGCGUGGAGAAAACAGACAACAGGUGAAGGUUCAUGUUCGUUCUGGGACGGAUCACCUGGAUGGUCGUCUUCAUGUGUUUGUCGAGGUUAGAACAUUUGAACAGCACCACCUGCAGUACCGGAGCUCUUCUUCGCUACGCAACAGCUCAUCUCAUGACGCGGUCUCUGUAACGAGAUAAUUUUGGGAUUCUAAUAUUUUGUUGUUUCUCAUCUUUCCACACAUACUCCUCCAUCAUAUUUAAUAACAUGGCAAUCAGUACACAUGUAUGUGUUCAUGUAUGUGGUGUUUUUUUUCCCCAGUGACCCUGUAACACUGUGUAUCCAGGUGUUUUCGGGCAGAUGUUUUAUGUUGACUCAUUAAAGUAUGAAAUGUGA